AUGCGAUCUGGCCAGUCAGGGAUUUUACUGGCCGCAGCUCGAAAUUCUGCAAAUGCCUUGCAGGGCCAGGUGAAGGACUGUGACGAACUCAAGGAGUUGCUCAGCAGGCUCCCACGGCAGAGUGGGCAGAUGAAGGGCUACUUGGUCGUGGCCCCUUCUGUUUUCCGGGCAGGCGUGGAGGAGGCUGUCAGUGUGACUAUUUUUAACCCUAUCAAGGAGACGGCAGUCCAGGUGCAGCUGGUGGUCAAAGGAGAGACGGUAGCUCGGGCUCACAGCACAAUUCUAGGUAAAGGAACCAUUACCUUGAAGGUGCCCUCAGGGCUGCGGGGCCAAGCCCACUUGGAAGUCUGGGGCAACCGGCACUUGGCAAAAGAAGGCUACAUCUUCCACAACUACACAACGGUGACAAUUGACAGCAAAGGCGCCUCGGUCUUCAUCCAGACAGACAAGCCAACAUACCGGCCCAAGCAGAAAGUGCUGAUCAACCUUUUUACAGUUAGCCCUGAAUUGCGGCCUGUCAGCGAGAGGGUCGAAGCCUAUGUAUUGGAUCCUCGUGGGUCUCGGAUGAUUGAAUGGAACAACUUGAAGCCUGUCUGUUGUGGAGUUCUGAAUAUGAGCUUUCCUUUGUCGGACCAGCCGGUGUUUGGCGAGUGGUUUGUUUUUGCCGAAAUGCAAGGACAUGUGUACAAUAAAUCCUUUGAAGUGCAAAAGUAUGUUUUGCCCAAGUUUAGGGCUGUGGAUCGAGCCCCCCCCCACACAUUGACCUCAGUAUCACGAGAAGAGUGCGUGCAUGCCAGGUACACAUUUGGGAAACCCGUAGCCGGGAGACUAGUGCUGAACAUGACAGUCAAUGGUGUGGGGUACUACCGGCAUGAAAUUAGGGACCCCGAUCCUCAUUCAAGUGAAAUAGACGGCACUGCACAUUUUGACGUGUGUGUGGGCGACAUGGUGCCCGUGGACAUCCCAGAGCACUUCAGAGGUGUUGUCAGCAUCUGGGCCAUGGUGACGGCUGCCGACGGGAACAAGCAAGUGACCUUUGAUGACUCCACCCCUGUCCAGAAGCAGCUGGUGGACAUCAGAUACAGCAAGGACACCCGCAAGCAGUUCAAACCAGGCCUGCCCUACAGGGGGAAGGUGGAAGUCACAUAUCCCGACGGGAGCCCAGCAGACAGGGUCACGGUCCAGGUCAAAGCAGAGCUCAUGCCAAAGGACAACAUUUAUACAAGUGAGCUGACCUCUCGCGGGGGCCUGGUGCUGUUUGAAAUCCCGUCCAUCCCCGCAGCUGCCCAAUUCAUCUGGCUGGAAACUAAAGUUACUGCCACUGACGGCAAGCCUGUGGGGGACCAUUACCUGCCCAACUACCUGUCCAUCAGCAGCUGGUAUUCGCCCAGCAAAUGCUACCUGCAGCUCCAGAUGUUGGACAGGCCUUUCCUGGUGGGAGACGAGGCGAGCAUGGCUGUCAAAUCCACGUGCCCGUGCAAUUUCACUCUCCACUACGAAGUGGUGUCCCGAGGGAACAUCGUGCUGUCCGGGCUGCAGUCCAGCCACGUGACCCAGCAGAGGAGCAGACGGGCGGCUGCGUCAUCCAGCAGGAGCAUCCACGCGGCCCGCCUCCCAGCCCCCGUUGGCUCUCUUGCUGCCGAGACGAACGCCUGUGAGACGUCCCUCCAUUUCUCAGUGACCCCCAGCAUGGCCCCCCUGGGCCGCCUCCUUGUGUAUUAUGUGCGGGAGGACGGAGAAGGGGUGACAGACAGCUUGCAAUUUUCUGUCAAGCCCUUCUUUGAAAACCAGGUUUCAGUAGCAUUUUCGGCAAAUGAGACUAGGCCGGGGGACUCCGUGGGCAUCAAGAUCAAAGCCGCAAAGGGGAGCUGUGUCUGCUUGGCUACUGUGGAUAAAAGUGUUUACUUGCUUAAGCCAGGUUUCCAGCUGAUGCCUUCACAGAUCUUCCGGGAACUGGCGGAUUAUGACGUCUCUGACCUCUUUGGGGCCGCCAAGGAAGAUGGGCACUUCUGGUGGCCGGGCGCGUCUUUGCGCCGGCGCCGACGCCGUUCCUCCAUCUUCCCCUGGCACUGGGAUGUCACCAAAGAUGCCCGCUUUGCCUUUACGGAAACCGGCUUGGUCGUGAUGACGGACCUUGUCAACUUAAGUCACAGACAGCACGGCAGCAUGUACACCGACGAGGCCGUGCCAGCCUUCCAGCCCCACACAGGCACGCUGGUUGCUUCCACGCAUCGUUCCAAAGCUCUGCCAAGGACAGAGAAGAAGAAAAGAGUUUUCUUCCCAGAGACAUGGCUUUGGCGCUGCUUGAAUGUCAGCCAGGUGUCCGGCGAAAUCCAGCUGCAGGUGGAAGUCCCCGACUCCGUCACUACGUGGCUGACGGAGGCUGUGGGGAUGUCUGAGGAGAGAGGGAUGGGUCUGGCCGGACAGGUGAGACUGAGGACCUUCAAGGCGUUUUUCGUCGAGUUCACCCUUCCGUACCGCGUCAUCCGUGGGGAACAGACGAAGAUCCCGCUCACCAUCCACAAUUACCUGGCGGUGUGCUUGGAGGUUCAUGUCAAGAUAGCGGUUCCAAAAGGCAUCAAGUUUGUUGGGCACCCCGGGAAACACCACUUGGCCAGGAAGAAGUGCGUGGCCCCUGGCGAAGCCAAGCCCACUUUGGUGGUUCUCUCCUUCAGCAAACUGGGCCAGAACAACAUCACGGCCAAAGCCUUUGCUUAUGGAGGAAGCAGCUGCUGCCAGGACCCACUGCAGUUGGCAAAGGGCAACAAACAGGCCGAGGAUUUCUCCCUGGACAGGCAGGCCCCGGUCGGGGUAGACUACAUCCAGAGGAGCAUCCUUGUGGAGCCAGAGGGGUUGACCAGGGAGUACACCUACAGCGUCUUCUUCUGUCCUAAUGAGAAAAUUCAUAUUUCUACUCCUAAUAAGUAUGAGUACCAAUAUGUGCAGAAACCCUCCCAUAUGACACACUUCAGCGUUGCUGUGAAGGCGCACAACAACGCCCACAUUGCCUUGUCUGGUAGCCCCCACGACACGGCAGAAAUGACGGAGAUUGUCAUUGGUGGGCAUCAGAACUCCAGGACGUGGAUUUCCAGCAGCAAGAUGGGGGAGCCAGUGGCCAGUGCGGAGACAGCUGGCCUCCUUGCGUGGGAGGAGUUCCGGAGCUUUUGGAUCAGCUGGUCCAACGGGGUCAUCCAGGUUGGCCACGGGCCCUCAGUCCUCAAUGAGUCCGUCAUCGUGUCGUGGGCUGCCCCUCGGCCACCUGAGGUGAAGUAUAUUGGCUUCUCCACGGGCUGGGGCUCCGUUGGCGAGUUCAAAAUCUGGAGGAAGGAAGAGGCGGAUGAGAACCAUAACGAAGCCUUUACGUUGGGCGUCCCACACAAUGUGAUCCCAGGAUCAGAGAAAGCCACUGCCUCUGUGAUUGGGGAAGUGAUGGGCCCCAUCUUGAAUAACCUGGACAAUCUCCUGCAACUUCCCUUUGGCUGUGGGGAGCAGAACAUGAUCCACUUUGCACCAAAUGUUUUUGUUCUCAAGUAUCUGCAGAAGACCAAGCAGCUGAGCCCGGAGGUGGAGAAUGAAGCCACAGACUACCUUGUUCAAGGAUACCAGCGCCAGCUGACCUACAAGAGGCAAGACGGCUCCUACAGUGCUUUUGGGGAACGGGAUUCUUCCGGGAGCAUGUGGCUGACGGCCUUUGUGCUGAAGUCCUUUUAACUCCAGUCUCGGGGGUUCAUCUUCAUCGACCCCAAGGAGCUGCUGGCAGCCAAGAGCUGGAUCAUUCAGCACCAGAAGGAGGAGGGCUUGUUCCCAGCCGUGGGCAGGAUACUGAACAAGGAUAUCCAGGGAGGGAUCCAAGGCAAAAUUUCCCUGACGGCGUACGUGGUGGCAGCUCUGCUGGAAACAGGCACCGCAGGAGAGGACGAGAUGUCUGUGGCCAAAGCAAAGCUCUUCUUGGAAUCCAACGUGUACUCAGUGGGUGACCCAUACACCACCGUGCUGAUGGCCUACGCCCUCACCCUGCUGCGCAGUCCCUUGGCACCUGCAGCGCUGCACAAGAUGAACAGCCAGGCCAUCACGCAAGAUGGCAUCACCCACUGGAGCUUCACAGGGACUCCGGCUGCCAACGAGGACACCUUCGUGGGAUUUAAUGAUGGCCAUUUUCGGUCAGUGGUGUCUGCCGAAGUGGAAAUGACGGCCUACGCCCUACUGACCUACGCCAUGCUGGGGGACGUGGCAUCAGCGCUGCCCGUGGUCAAGUGGCUUUCUCAGCAAAGGAACGCUCUGGGCGGCUUCUCUUCCACCCAGGAUACUUGCGUGGCCCUCCAGGCUCUGGCAGAAUAUGCCAUCCUGUCCUACACUGGAGGGGUCAACCUGACUGUUUCCUUGGCCUCCACCAACCUGGACUACCAAGAGACCUUUGAGCUGAACAAAGCCAACCGGAAGCUCCUGCAGACCACCAGGAUCCCUUCCAUCCCCACGGGGCUGUUUGUCAGUGCCAAGGGAGACGGCUGCUGCCUCCUAAAGAUCGACGUCUCUUACAAUGUCCCCGACCCUGUGGCCAAGCCAGCUUUCCAGCUUCUGGUAAACCUGCAGGAGCCAAAACACAAGCACCACCGGCGAGCCCCAGGGGCCCCCGUACCCCCCUCCCCAAACAAGAACCGUUUGGAAGCCUCCCACUGGGGGAUGGUGUUGGGAGAUGAUGACGACCCCGCUUCGGAACAAGAUCACCAGGAGUACACAGUGGCCGUGGAGGUUUGCAUGAGAUGGCUGCACUCCGGCUCUUCCAACAUGGCUGUCCUAGAGGUGCCACUCCUGUCGGGCUUCCAAGCAGACAUUGAGAGUCUGGAGCAGUUGCUCCUGAACAAACAGACCGGCCUGAAGAGGUAUGAAGUGGAUGGCAGAAAAGUCCUGUUCUAUUUUGAUGAGGUAGGUCACAUCUCUGUAGGGAGCAGAAGGUCCCAUCCUACAAAAUAGCCUUUCUAAAGCGAGGACUAGAUUUCUGACGCACACACACACACACCGGUUAAAAAAAAAGGGAAGAGCCUUUUAAAAUGCUGUCUGCUCCUCAGCCGUAGCACAUCCCGCUUCCAGGCAGCGUGGGGUAGUGGUUAAGUGCAGUGGACAUUAAUCUGGAGAGCUGGGUUUGAUUCCUGCUCCCUCCACGUGAGCCGCAAACUCUAAACCGGAGUUUUAAAAUGGGGCUGUUGGACGCCACCUAUGUUUAGCCUAUAUAUUAGGUUUAGUUUUUCUUUUUACCGCUGCUGUUAAAG